GCGAGGAGCAGGAGGAGAAAGCAAGGGCAAAACCGGAGUAGGCUACGACAGAGGCAGACGAUCUAAACGAGCCAGAAAGCAGGCCGGGCACAGCCCGCGAAGACGAGCCUGGAUUGGGCGAGCCUUGCUCAGUCCCCGCCUCGGUCCUCCUACUUGCGUGAAGCGGCUGGGACUGGCUGUCAUUCUCUCCUCGGCUAGUGGCGGCUCGAACCUCGGUGCGGCUGAAGCCCCGGCGGCGUCAUUGCAGCCCCCUUCCUCCCCACAAUGCCGCUUUGCAGGGUCGCUUGGCAGACUUUAACCUCUCGCUUCGCCAGGGCUGCGCCCCAACUUCGCACACGCGUACCUUUCCGUCAGAUGUCAAGUGUUCCUGGAUCUUCUGGGGAGAAUAUGCUUUACAGUCUGUUUGUUGUUGGUGCUGCUGGUGCAGGUAUUUUUUAUGCUUACAGAGUGAUCAUUUCGGAUCGUGCCAGGUACAAUGAGCGUAUUGAACAAAUUCAACAAAGAAAUACAGAAGAAUGGAAACCAAAACCCUGGCCCCCUCCAUCCUUAGAAAGUGAUGACACUGAUGAAAUGGAAACAAAAGAAGUCACUGAUACAAAUGAAGAGGCGAAAGGUACAGCUGCAGAAGAGACUGAAGGAGUAGUGGCUGGUAAAUCUGAAGUCCAGAGUGAAGAACGUGCAGAAUCUACAGAAUCAGAGAAGGCAGAAGAAUCACCUGCUGAGGGGGCAACCUCUAGUGUGCCAGGAGGCGAGCAGGAUGCUCCUGCCAACUCAGAGACAAGCCAAGAUCAAGGUUAAUGUUAAUGGAAUUUCUGUUAACAGUUUUGUCUCCUUCCACAGGAAGUACGACUCUGCUCCCAGUAGAACCCACAAUAUUCCAGAUGGAAUCAAGUUGCAUGAUAAAACUUUAAUGUUCAUUUAAAUGCUCUUGAGACUUCACUUCAGUGGUAGCGUUAACACUUCUUCAUCUGGUAGAGUUCCUUCCAUCUAUGUAGGAGAGCUUCUAGGCUUGUCCAGAAGAAAAAGCAAGUAUAGUAUAAGUGAACCAACCCCUGCAAGUGCAUUGUACUAUUCUCCCAGCUUUGAAGACAGCUAAAAUAAUAAUAUUUCAGUUCAUUAGAAAUAGAGCUGCUCAAAAAUUUGUAGUGUAUUGCUGCACCUCAACCCCCCCUCCCCACCUUUCUGAAGGAAAAAAAAAGUCAUUUGGCAUUCACUUUUAUUUUGUGGAUGAAGAAGAGGAAUAACAUUUUAAAAAAUGGAGUAUAUAUCUUUACAAGGUAUCAUUCAAUACAUUUCAAACUUCAAGUUAUCCAAUACAUGCUUUGGAAAUGGAAAUAAUUUGUGACCCCCCCCCCAAAAAAAAAAAAAAAAAAAAAAUUGAACAAGCAAAACCAAAUUGGUGGUUGUAAUCCAGCAAGUGACUAAAUGUAAACACAGCUUGGGCUCUAUUCCAUUGUUUGCUAAAGGUCAUUCUCUGGUUAGGUUUUCAUCUUCCAUUACUGACAGUGGAAGUUAGCACUUUACAGCAUUCUGUUGGUAAUAGGCAAUAUUUUCAAGAUUAAGCUGAUAAACCAAAUAAGCAAAACCUAGAUCUUUUCUUCUACUUUAUUAAGGAGUCCCCAGCAUGUUACUCUGAUCUGUAAUCUAAAUUCCUUUUGAUAUUAAGUAAACUGUAACAUGAAUUCUGAUUCUCUACUACCUGCAAUAUUUCAUUUAAAAAGAUAUUAUCUUCAUGCACUUUCCAGGGAAAAGAAAGUAUCAUUUACCUAGUUUUAUUUUAAGCUUUAAUAAAACAUUUUGAAUCAAGUGGGGUUUUUUUUUGUUUCCUGCACUGAUGUCUACUGACUUUUUCCAGUAGACUUAGAGGGUAUUGUGAAGAGGAAAUAAGGCUUUUGAUUCAUGACAUAAUUUUUAUUAAAAACAAAGGGUUUGGAAGGUUCUUUUAAUAAAACAAAACUAAAUUUACAGGCAGUAUAUUUAAAAAAAACCCAAGGUACUCUUUCAACAGUUGAAAUUUGAAACCAUUAUUUCAGAUAAGAGUUUCAUUAAAUUUAGCAAUAAUUCUCCUCUCCAGAAUCUCAGGAGAAGUCAUGGUACCUGAAAUACUGGUAGAUGAAGCUGCCAAGGAUAGAAACUGUGUCCCUUUAUAAGCAAAACAUGAGUUCUGCCAUUGCAGUGUAACCUUUUCCUUGCUCCACAAAGGUUCAGGUGUUCACACAAAGCUCCUACACAAGCAAAGUCUUCCUAUUUAAUUCACGCUCCUGAGAUGGUUCUGUGUACACAACAGAAAUUGUACACAGUGCUGUCUCAGAUGCCAUGGUGAGUAGGGAAUGGGGAAACCCUUGGGAGCGUGAGCUUCCAUGUGUACAAAUAACUGCUAAAUCAGGAUUACCAUCUUGUUUGGGCUUUCUAUUAAAGUAAUACAAAUAAAAUGUCUAUGUAAGUUGUAGUUGUGUCUAUUCUAACAUUUAAAAUACUUGCUAGUGUAAACAUUGAUUGUAUUUGUAACACUUCUAAUUUAUAAGGCUAGAAUGAUCAGAUUGUAAGCUUUUUUCCACACAUGGGCUAUUAAGUAAAUUCAAGAAUGUUAUUUUUCAUAAAUCUGAAAGAAAUACAUGUUUUAUUCAGUAUUUAAAAUUAAAUAAAUGUGCUCUCAGUCACGGGUCAUUUUGUAGAAAAAGAG